AUCGCCAUCUACAGGUCACCUAAAGAAAUGUAGCGAAGUGCGCAUGCGCGAGUAGGAAGGCAGGUCGGUCGUCUAGGAAGUAGGAACCACGUGACGUGGCCUGCGUCACAUGAUUGUGCUCUUUACCUUGUAAACAUGGCUUCUCACUUGUCUUAUGGCCGAGUCAAUCUAAAUAUUUUGAGGGAAGCUGCAAGGAAGGAGCUUCGCGAAUUUCUGGACAAAUGCGCAGGAAGCAAGGCCAUUGUAUGGGACGAGUACCUUACUGGACCGUUCGGAUUGAUAGCUCAGUAUUCCUUGCUGAAGGAACAUGAAGUGGAAAAGAUGUUUACGCUCAAAGCAGGGCGCGUACCAACAGCUGAUGUCAAAAACAUCAUCUUUUUUGUACGACCAAAGCUGGAGUUGAUGGACAUUAUUGCAGAGAAUGUAAUGAGCGAGGACAAGUUACAGCCACAACGCGAGUUCCACAUACUGUUCGUACCUCGGCGCAGUCUGCUGUGUGAGCAGCGGCUAAAGGAGCAAGGUGUCCUCAACUCCUUCACCAACAUAGACGAGUACAUUCUGGACCUCAUCCCCUAUGACGGAGACCUGCUCUCCAUGGAGUCUGAAAGUGCAUUCAGGGAGUGUUAUCUUGAGAAUGACCAGACGAGCCUGUAUCACACUGCUAAGGGUUUGAUGACUCUGCAGGCACUGUAUGGAACGAUCCCUCAGAUCUUUGGCAAAGGAGAAUGUGCAAGGCAUGUAGCGAACAUGAUGCUGCGGAUGAAGAGGGAGUUCGCUGGCAGUCAGAAUCAAAUCCUGCCUGUGUUUGAUACGCUCUUGUUAUUGGACCGGAACGUGGACCUGCUCACUCCACUAGCCACGCAGCUCACCUACGAAGGCCUCAUCGAUGAGAUCUACGGUAUCACUAAUGGUUAUGUCAAGCUUCCCCCUGAGAAAUUUGCCCAGAAGAAGCCAGGUGAAGGAGGUAAAGAUCUGCCCACCGAGCCCAAGAAGUUACAGCUCAACUCAGCUGAGGAGCUAUAUGCUGAAAUUCGUGACAAGAACUUCAAUGCUGUGGGAGCAGCACUUAGCAAGAAGGCCAAGAUCAUCUCGGCUGCAUUUGAAGAACGCCACAAUGCAAAGACAGUUGGAGAGAUUAAACAGUUUGUAUCCCAGCUGCCCCACAUGCAGGCUGCUCGCACCUCGCUGGCCAAUCACACGUCCAUUGCCGAGCUCAUCAAGGACAUCACCACCUCCGAAGUAUUUUUUGAUAACUUGACAGUGGAGCAGGAGUUUAUGACCGGAGUGGAUACAGACAAGGUCAACACUUACAUAGAGGACUGCAUAGCACAGAAGGACCCGCUUAUCAAGAUCCUCCGGCUGGUCUGCAUGCAGUCCGUCUGCAACAAUGGCCUAAAACAGAAAGUUCUUGAUUUUUACAAGAGAGAGAUCCUGCAGACGUACGGAUACGAGCACAUUCUGACCCUCAACAACUUGGAGAAGAUCGGCUUACUCAAACCGCAGACCAGCACGAGGAACAACUAUCCCACCAUCAGGAAAACACUCAAGCUGUGGAUGGAGGAUGCAAACGAACAGAACCCCAACGACAUCUCCUAUGUGUACAGCGGUUAUGCUCCUCUCAGCGUGAGGCUCACUCAGGUUCUGACUCGGCCGGGCUGGAGAAGCAUCGAAGAGGUGCUGAAAAUGCUGCCUGGGCCACACUUUGAGGAGAGACAGCAGCUUCCACCUGGUCUCCAUAAGAAACGUCAGCAGGGAGAGAACAGGACAACGCUGGUGUUCUUUCUCGGCGGCGUGACGUACGCAGAAAUCGCCGCACUCCGCUUCCUGUCGCAGAUGGAGGACGGUGGGACGGAGUACAUCAUUGCUGCCACCAAACUGAUCAACGGCACCAGCUGGAUAAAAUCUCUAAUGGACCGUCCUGAAGUGCAAACACCCUGAAAAUGUCCCACGAGCCAUUCACAACACGCACCGGUUUAUCUCCUAUACAGAAGUACAAACUCAAUGCGUUUAAGUCAUUAAGUGUUGUCUUUUCAUUAACCCGCUUUUCUGGCAAUUCCCAGUGCACUUAUUGAAAUCCUGUGGGUAACCGUUGCCGAAAUUGCGACAGCGCUGAUCCCUCGAUUUAAAAUGGUGCAACAGUGCAGCUUAUUUCUCUGACAUGAGUGUUUUCCUUCAUAUUCCUUCUGUAUGAACUCUUCUAAAGAGGAAACGAAGAGUGUCCAAUUAAAGAGAUUAGAACAGAACAGGGGGAGGUACGACGACUAGUAUUGCCCCUUCAGAGCUUUGGGUCGAUCCCGAUCUCUCACGGAGCUUCUCACGAAGAGUCCGCGUGGGUUCUCGGGUUUCCUCCUGAAAAUAUUCCAGUUGGUGGAUCAACUACACUAAAUUUCCCCUAGUUGUGUGUGAACGUGUGUACGGCGCGUCCCAUUCGGGGUGUUCCCGGGAUCGGCUCCGGAUUCACCGUGCCCCUGACUGAACGAGAACAGAGCAGAAGAUAUGAGAUAUGAGGAGAUAUGGAUGCAUGCUGCUUACUGACCUGGGAAAUUGUAUUAGUGUUUGAUUUAUUUUUUUUAAUAUACUUUAAGAUGUCGGUGCCAUACAGCGUGUAUGCAGUUAUGAUUUGCUCACUGACCUUGUAAAUAAAUAAGUAAAAUAAAAGACUGUGUUUUGGUGACACUAACGUGCUCUGACAGUGAGUCUAGUAAAAGAACAUCGUAGUCAGUAUGAAAACCUUUAGCUAGAUUAUAAGAGCAGGAGCUCGUCUGCAGUCAGAAAAUAUAAGCUUAUAAUAAGUCAGUGGGCCUGAAAAGUAGCUUGCGAGCACAAAGGAGCGGCAAUUAGUGCUGUAACAGGCCGAUAAUGGGCCUGUGUCUGGAGAUCUGGGGCCGGAAUGGAACAUGACUCGACCGCGGAGGAUGCUGAUUAAAUUAAGGGGCCAUUUGUUCUCUGUCUUUCCGGAUAAACCGCUUACUGUGCGCGAGCUGAAACUCACUGAUCGAUGAUUGGCCCGCGCUGCGCUCGAGCGCCACAGCGCGGGAAAAACACGGAAGUUACAACUAGCUGGCCUGCGUCCCAACGGCUCCACACUCCCUAUAUAAGUGCACUACAUAGAACAUGAACACAAUGGCUCUUGCACCUUACUCAGGGCAUUAAGUGUCCAAUAGACAUUCGGCUGAGCUGAGACGUGCUCCACUGAUUUAAAUCUAAAAUAAAAUUAAUAAAUAAAAAAUAAUGAGGCGAGCUAAAGUUGGAAUUUCGUCAAAGUGACAUUAAAGGUUCUGAUGGUUUGUAUGAAAGUGCAUCUGCGUUCAUUUGUCUUUGGGUUAGGACAGG